CCCACAUAAUGAAAGGAGACAAUCACCCGCCUGUUAGUAGGCUCCGGAACCGAUGCUCUCCCGAUGCAGACGGAGUGGAGAAAGCAGAUAGCAGGCAGGCAUCGGGGCCGGGUAAAGCAGCUUGGGGCGGUUUUGAAUGUGCUGUACACUCUUGCAGCUGGCGCUACUGCACACAGCAUCAGCCGUCGGGCUGUGUGGCAGUUCCGCAAUAUGAUCAAGUGCACCAUCCCCGGGAGUAAUCCCCUGAGGGAUUACAACAACUACGGCUGCUACUGCGGCUUGGGCGGCUCAGGCACCCCAGUGGACGACUUAGACAGGUGCUGCCAAACUCAUGACCAGUGCUACACGCAGGCCAAGAAACUGAAAAGCUGCACGUUCCUCAUAGACAACCCCUACACCAACACGUACUCAUACAAGUGCUCCGGGACCCAGAUCACCUGCAGUGACAAAAACAACGAAUGUGAGGACUUCAUCUGCAACUGCGACCGGCAGGCUGCCAUCUGCUUCUCCAAGGUCCCAUACAAUAAGGAAUACAAAGACCUUGACUCCAAGAAAUACUGUUAAGCUGACCCCUCACUUCGGGCCCGCCCCGCCUAUGCCAUCCCCGCCCACCUCACUGUCCUUCUUCACACUGUGCCCUCUAAUAAAGUCCCUGCUGAAAGAA